AUGCCUAGACAAACAAAAACAAAAAGAGCGAGGACAGUGUUUAAAUCUCCGCAGCUUUUAGAGCUUGAAGCAGUAUACAGCAGCUCUAAGUAUUUGGAUCGGAAGGAAAGAUUAAAUUUGGCGCUAAAGCUCAACCUCACGGAACGUCAAGUGCAAAAAUGGUUCCAAAAUCGUCGAAUGAAGUCAAAAAAAGAAAACUCAAACUACCCUGAUCUAAAAAAAAAAGUAAAAAAUGGCAAAACGAAGCAUUCCCAAAAUAUACUGGAACCGGUACAAAUCAACACCGGCGAACAAUUGCAGCAUCUCCAGCCUUUAUCGUACGAACCGCAACAACUGUUACCUACGUACCAUCAGCAAGUCGAAGUACCAUUUUACGCGGCUACGCAACAGAUUAUCAUUCCUAAACAGACACCGCAUGUAAUGAGCUCUGAAGUCCUCGUACCUUCAAGUUUCGACAACGAAAUGUACUGUUGUUCGUUUGCGAGUAAUGACGACAAAAUUGAAGAAACUGCCGUAAACAACUGCAGUGUCGAAUCAAAUAUGCUUGAAAUAAAGCAACAAGUGCAACAACCCCAGCAGCUACACCAGCAGUUCGUCCCUCAGACGCAAGAUGAUGAAUUGGAAAACUUGUUGAAUAAUUUAUUAGAUUAA